GGACACCAUUUAUCACUCUCAGGACACGAGACAUUUUAACAUUUCGGACUUCAGUCACUUAAACAGCAGGGACUUGGCGUUGAUAAUAGCUGCUCUCGCCUACAAUCAGUGGUUCAUUAAACUCUCCACCAAAGAUCUCAAACUGGGGUCGGAGGUGAUCGAGCAGGUCAUACACACCAUGAGCCGAUCCCGGAGCAUCGAGGACCUGGAAAUGGAGAACACGGGACUCAAAAUGGAUUUUGCUCUGAAACUGACUGCUGCCCUGACGGAUAACCCAUUCACAUCCCUGACCGCUCUCAACCUGGCGAAUAACGCUCUCGAGGAUAAAGGAGUUUCCUCGCUGAGUCACUUUCUCGCUGGACAUCAUCGCGGACUGAGAUACCUCAACCUCUCCAGGACCUCGCUCACCCACAAAGGUCUGGUCACUCUAGCACAGACACUGAGCUCCAAUCAGACCUUUGCAAACAGCCUGACCCACCUGGACCUGAGCAGGAACGCUGCCAUGCUGGGAACCGAUGAUGCAUCACAUUUGUACAAUUUCUUGGGGAAACCCAACGUUUUGAUUGAUCUGAAUCUCUCGGGAACGGACUGUUCAAUAGACACCCUGUUCGGAGCACUGGUCCAUGGAUGUUGUUCACACUUGGCUCGUCUUCAGCUCUCCAACAACGUCCUCUCCCACAGGAAGGCCAAGGAACCCCUCCCCUCCAUGAAGACGUUUUUCGCCUGCGCCUUCUCCCUCAGCUACGUCAACUUCUCCGGGACUAAGAUGUCUCCUGAAGCCCUCAGGUAG